UAUCACCAUUGAUAAUUUUAGGGUCAGACGUUGGAUUCCCAAAAGAAGAGAAUUUGCCGAAAAAGUUGUAUGGUUCCAUGAAAUCGAAUUCGGUUCUCAGAAUCGCAUCAUUGGCCAAUAAUACUUUGUUUUGGCUUUACAGCAAAGGGGAGCCCAAUUCCAUGGAUUUAUUUGAGCCUUGUCCUUUCGAUCAGUCCUUUUGGGAAUCGAAUCAAAGGAUGAAUUCCGAGAUGUCCACUGCCGGAAUCCUUGAUUGAAAAGGAAAUGGGUGGGAAGGGAAGAAAGAAGAAGAAAGCAGGAAGAAGAAGAAAAGAAAAGUGGGGUUCUAGAUUGAAUGGGCUGGUUUGCCAUCUCAACCAGUCGGAAAAUGCACAAACCUGAAACUAUCCCGCUCGGGAUUCCUGGAGAUGGUAGGUGCUUGUUCCGGUCUGUUGUCCAUGGUGCUUGCCUUAGAUCAGGGAAGCCAUCUCCCAGCGAAACCGUCGAGAAAGAACUUGCUGAUGAACUGAGAGACAAGGUUGCAGAUGAAUUCAUUAAGAGGAGGAAGGAGACUGAGUGGUUUAUCGAGGAUGAUUUCGACACAUACGUUGGACAUAUGAGACAGCCUCAUGUAUGGGGAGGAGAACCUGAGCUUCUUAUGUCCUCCCAUGUCCUAAAGAUGCCAAUCACGGUUUACAUGAGGGAUAAGGCUCCUGGAAACCACAAGAUCAUAGCCGAAUAUGGGCAAGAGUAUCAUGGUAACGAGAACCCCAUACGGGUCCUGUAUCAUGGUUAUGGCCAUUACGACGCGCUUCAGACACCGGUUUCUGCUUCAGAAUCCAAGCUGUUCAAGAGAAGAUGAAGGAAGAAAUCACUAGCAAAUUAACCAUGUAACAUCUGUAAAUACAUUAACACGAACGAAGAUGAUUUGAUGGUGCUACUCCAAAAAGCACCCAAAAGGUUCCAGCCAAAUUUGGUGAUGUUACAUUGUUAUUCUUUCAGUUUUAAACAUGUAAUUAGGAAUGGCAACAUGAGGUACCCAUAUCUGCCUCUUGUAAUUUGGGUUGCCCCUUGCGUAGCAUGAUCAGAUCAGGUAAUUUUGUUUGGUGUACAAGUCAAGAGCAAAAUGAAUCAUUCUGAUAUAUGAUAUGAAAAAAGUACAGAUCAAUUCGAUAUUACACACAAAAUGAAAGGAAAACAAUAGGAGAGAUAAACAAACCGUAUUGUUCAAGAGCUGCGAACUUCGACUUAGUUGAAGAUAUACAGAUACUAAAGUACGGGGGCUAUAAUGGCUGAGAAAGGUUCAAGAUCGGAUGCAAAGGAUUGAUGCCGCGAUCUCUGUUACCAGCAAAGGAUUGGGACGAAUUGGCCCUAGUGAUUUAUGUCAAAAUCAUAACAUGAGACAAGUCCUUCAAUGAACAAUUUAGUUGAUA